AUGUCCACCAAAUCUGUGUACCUGUGUGUAUUCGGCAUGUCUGUUUACGUGUGUGUGUGUGUCCGUGUUUGUCCGUGUGGUUGUGUGCAUUACCGACUGCCGCUGCAACUGCAAAAUAGCAUUAUCGACAACGGUGAUGGUUACGGUGAUGAUGAAGAUGACAAUUAUGAUGAUGAUAAUUACGAUGAUGAUUACAAUGACAGUGAUAGUGAAAAUGAUGGUGUGGAUGGUGUUGUUGGUGACGGUAGUGCUGAUGAUGGUUGUUGUACCUAA